CUCAGGAAUUAUAUCGUGCUGUGUAUUGCUGGCGCCCAAGGUCUGCCAGCACAGCCACCAAAAACAGCUAAAAUCACAAUGCUACAUCAAUCGGCAACUUACCGUCCGAGCCAGGCUAGCUUAGCCGCAGUGGGCGUCGACCCCUCAUCUAUCUGCCAUCAUUCAACGAGGAAUCAGUGAAUCGGCCAUGGUUGAUGUUUGGAAUAUAUUAGCUGCUGUACCUUACAAUAAUCGAAAUUACAUGGAUGCUCGAUCCGCCUUACUUUGACUUGGUCUGCCGCCCGUUCUGAGCAACCAGUCUACCUUUCCCCCCCAUUCCAACAGUCAGACAUUUAUUCAUUGUUUGAACAUUUCCCACGACAUGGCAGACAACAACAUCGUAGACCGCUUGAGGUCGGUGGCCUUCGACCUUGGUGAGGCCAGGAACGCUCUUCGUGGCAAAGCCGUCCCUACGGCUCUUGGGCGCAGACUCACGCGACUUUGCAUCAUCUGUGGCAUUCGAUAUCACGAGCAAUUUGCCGAGAAUCCAGACCUAGAACAGCUAAGCCACUAUGUGCCAGAAGUCUUACGUGCCUUGAACGCUCGCGCGAUCAUGAGCAACAAGAUCCCCUCCAUGCCUGAAGCGCGAGAUAGACCCUACUGCAUCUGGUACCCUCAGGUGGCAUCGCAAGACACUUACAGGAAGCUGUGGCAGCAGUAUCCUGACAUGUCGUACCAAGUUGCUCGCGCGUGUGCCGUAGCCAACUAUGUGGAACUGUAUCUCGAGAUGGAUUUGUUACCUGACACCUCUGUUGCUGAGGAAGCCCGUGCAAGUGGGUCCAUGGAAAUAUAUGAAGCCAUCAUGCGGAAUCCUGUUCAAUAUCGCAUCAUGAAUGAUUACACAAGAGAAAUUACUGUGCAGAAUCCGAAUCCUGCAUGUUUGAACGAUGAUACCGCCAUCGUGUCUUAUCUCGAUGUUAAACAACGCGUCAGACACACUGGAGGCAUAGAGGAAGAACCUAUUUUGGAAAACACUGAACAGCCCCAACAAGCCGCCGAUGACGAUGAUGACAUGGGGUUUUUAUUCCCCUUUCCCGGGUUUGAUGAGCAAAUUUUCAACAUUACAGAGGACAUGAACGUGGGGGAGGUGGAUUGGAAAGACGAGCUGUAUGCAGAAGGACCGCCGAUAGAUUACCUACCUGAACUUCUCUCUCAACCUCUUCCCGUUCAUUUGCCACAGGGCAACAAGGACCUUCUGAUCCUGAUGGCGGCCUACUAUGGUAACAUCGAAAGAUAUGCUAGACUGCGUCGUCCUCGCAUGAUUGACAAGGAGCUAGGGUGCCUCGUGCGUGGGAUCUAUCACAACUCUAUGUUUGCCCUCUGGUGUGCGAGCCAAACUAUGGAAGACUAUGCAGCCAGCCAUGUGAAGACAGCAAUACAUGCUCGGAUGAUUAUGAACAAUGACUUGAGUCGUAUCAUUAAUCUGGACACGAGGCAACCUUCUAGAGACUUUUUCUGCGCCAUGCCAUAUUUAAUCUGGUUCCCUACAGUAGCUAAUCGCGGGACGUACAAGCUUUUAGCGACUACAGUCCCUGAGAUGAGACCGUCAGUCUUACACGCAGCGGUCUUUGCACAGGAUAAAGCCCUCUUCGACUGGAUGCUAGACGUGCUUCACGUGGCCCCUACUCCAUUUGCUUUUCGAGAAGCCGCGAUUCAGCUCACGGGAGAAGUGCACUCUUCGUACUUUAGACGUCGUCUAGAAGCUCGCAGUCAAGAACUAGGGAUAGAUCUUCUUGCUCCUAUGCAAAGUUGGAAAUUUUACUCGGCACGAUCGGGGCAGCAAAUACCGCCUAGUAACUGGUUGGCAAAGAAGGUGAUGCCUCUGCAAGUUACCAGCGAGCAGUCGGAUUGGGGAAUCUACAAUGGAUUCUAUGUUGAUGCUUCCUCAGUGGAGUUGUUUGCAUCAGCGCCUGAAUCUUGGCGUCCGGACAAAUGGCAAGUUGAAAUAGACUAUCAAGACUGGCCGAAGAGUGGAAGCACUCACGAGUAGCUUAGAAGCCAUUGAGCUCCUAAUUGAACUGCUUUACUAGUGUCCCGCUAAAAUAACCCUAGGCAAAUAAUACAUGACAAUACUACGUGCCAAAUACCACGCACUUGCUACUACAUGUCCUAAAAUUUGCUGGUUUAUAGGCCCUGUUCUCAACUGGCUAUUUGUUGU